AGGGCAAAGAAGAAUCCAGACUGCACCGCCGGCCUGGUCUGCUAAUCUCGCCAGCCCUCAAAAGGGAGGCGUUUUGAAUCCUGGUUUCUUAAAUUCUCCCUUUGCGUGUGACUGAGGAGCCCUGGACUUUGGAGAAACUCUUUGCUCUUAAUUUCCACACUGAUUAGUCAACAGUGGAAAAUCUGAAGAGAUGCAAGUAGGAAAAAGAAACUAAACCAGGCCUGAGGAGCGAUGCACCAGGCGUGAUGGAGGUUGAGUCCUCCUACUCGGACUUCAUUUCCUGCGAGAGGACGGGCCGUCGGAACGCAGUCCCGGACAUCCAGGGGGGCUCUGAGGCUGUGAGCGUGAGGACGCUGGCUGGAGACAUGGGCGAGCUGACACUCGAGGGCACAGAAGGACAGACAGAGGUGGGCACCCCAGACAAGGAAGCUAGCAACCAGCCUGAGAGCAGCGAUGGGACCACCUCGUCUUGAGUCUGACCUUGCCCAUGGAGGAUGGAAAAGAGACCUGCUGUCCUCGCCUGGACAGGGAGCCCUGGCACUGGCCUUGCAGCCUCUUCUCUGAGCCCCUGUCCCAGACAAGCCAGGCCCGAGUGAAAAGGCACCCCUCAGAGGCCACCAUGGCCCGUACCCUGGAAAAGCCCUCCACCUGCACCCUCAGGCUCCACUUGCCCACCACCUCUUCACUGUGCCCAGGUACACUUCCAAGACCCUGUAGCUGUGGGGCAUUAUUCAUUCAGCGGGCACCUGAGUGAGCAGCCCCUGCAAGAAUGCACCUCCACAGGUGGCCUGGGCAGCAACCACAGCCCAGCUCUGCCCCCCCCCCUUCUCCAAGCCCAACCUUCUGGGUCAAGAUCUUCAUAUCCCUUUUUUAAAAAACACUUUUAAACUUUUUAAAAACUUUAAACUUUUUUUCCAGGAGAGAGGGAGGGAGCUGUGUUUUUGUUUUUUUUGGGUCUUUUUUGGAAGGCAUUAUAAGUUAAACUGACCAUCUAUGCAGCUCUGCGUCCCCUCAUGGAGCUCUACAGAUCCAUUUCUAGGGAAGGGGUUUUGUGCUCAAAACUGUCUGAUCAACUCUGCCCUUUCUACCAAGAUAAGUGACACCUAGGACCCAGGAAAUAAAUGCAGAUGAUUUGUG